GAUUUGGAGAGGUUGAGUUUGAAAUGAAGAAAAUGCAUCCAGAAGGAGAUGGCCGAGAGACAGGUAGAGAUACGGGAGGAAAUGUUGGAGUCAGAGGUGGGAAAGGAGAGGAAGAUCUGGGCAUCAUCUGCAUAGAAGUGAUAUGAGAAGCCAUGGGAGGGACCCAGGGAGCGGGUGUAGAGAGAAAACAGGAUGGGUCCCAGGACUGAGCUUUUGGGGGACACCUGUCAAAAGAGAGCAAGAGGCAGAGGGUGAGCCACACCAGGACACCCGGUACGUGAACUCGGAGAACCAGAUAAGCGCAGUGCGGGAGAGUCCCAGGUCAGCAAGGGAGGACAGGAGAAUAGAGUGGUUAACUGUGUCAAAGGCAGCAGAGAGGUCAAGGAAAAUAAGGACAGAGGAGAGGGAGGCGGCACGAGUAGAGAGUUUGUGACGGCGGAGUGUGCCGAGCGAAAACCAGGUUGGAGGGGGUUGAGCAGAGAAUGUGUUGACAGGAUAGCAGAGAGCUGGCGGUAUACUGCUCACUCGAGAGGAACGGGAGGACGGAGAUAGGACGGUAGCUCUGGAGGGAUGAGGAAUCCAGUGAGGGUCGAAAUGAAUUGAUAGCCAGAUAUAUCAAGCUACGAACAGGGAAAACACGAACCAGAAAACAGGUAUCGAGCCAUAUCCAGGUGCUUGCCCGGCGAAAGGCACGGGAGAUCCAAGUGAAGCUGAAGGAUCAGGCAGCAAAGGAUAAAGCUCUCCAGAGCAUGGCCACCAUGUCUUCUGCCCAGAUCCUCUCUGCCAACGCCUUCCAGAGCAAGCUGGCACUGCAGGCACUGCCCCGGCCUGCCUACCCUGCAGCCACUGGGUUUUGGCAUGCAGCUCUACAAGGCAAACCUGUGGCCUCCCAUGAUGUGAAACCUUUCUCACAACAGACCUACAACAUUCAGCCACCUGUCGCAGCUUCAAUCACAGGCUAUGAGACUCCAGUGGGACUCACCACCUCCCCCUCAGCCCCUCCCUGGCAGGGCCGCAGCAUUGGCAGCUCCAAGUUCCGGAUGCUGGAAUUCUCAGCCUUCCUAGAACAGCAGAGGGAUCCUGAUACAUAUAACAAGCAUCUGUUUGUCCACAUCGGUCAGUCAAACCCCACGUUCAGCGACCCCUACCUGGAGGCAGUGGACAUCCGGCAGAUUUAUGAUAAGUUUCCGGAGAAGAAGGGAGGCUUGAAGGACCUUUUCGAGAAAGGACCAGUCAAUGCAUUCUUCCUUGUCAAAUUUUGGGCGGAUCUGAACACGAACAUGCAGGGUGACAGCGGCUCUUUCUAUGGGGUCUCCAGUCAGUACGACAGCUCAGAGAACAUGAUCAUCACCUGCUCCACCAAAGUCUGCUCCUUCGGCAAGCAGGUGGUAGAGAAAGUGGAGACGGAGUAUGCUCGGUUUGAGAAUGGGCACUAUGUGUUUCGAAUUCACCGCUCCCCUCUGUGUGAAUACAUGAUCAACUUCAUCCACAAACUCAAGCACCUCCCAGAGAAAUACAUGAUGAACAGCGUCUUGGAGAAUUUUACUAUUCUGCAGGUGGUAACAAACCGAGACACACAAGAGACACUGCUGUGCAUCGCCUAUGUUUUUGAGGUGUCCACCAGCGAACAUGGUGCCCAGCACCACAUCUAUAGACUUGUCAAGGACUAGGGGAUUGGGAGAUAAGACUGACCCCCAUCCAACUACUUCUACUACUGCUGCAACAAACACAACCUCUGGUCAAGAGCAAAUAUAUUUUUUUGGUGCCUAAACUUUCCUGUAAACAAGACAGUUGAACAAUACAAACACUUUAAACAUUUAAAGAGGAUAACAAAUACAGUUACAGUUACUGAUGGAUGUUUUGUGAUAAAAAAAAGACAAUGGAAUUGCAUGGACUGUUCUAUGAGUUUUCCAGUUUUUAUCUGUUACUUUUUUUCCUAUGUUUGCAUGUGGAACUGAGCAAAGGGUUGGGUUUUUUGGGGUUUUUUUUCACAAAAAACUACUUUUCAUGGAUUGUUUUCUUGCAGUAUUAACCUACCACAGAUAAUGAAUGAAAGGUGUGUUUUGGUCACCAUCACAGUGAGGAUAGACAAAGGCAUGGUGAGCCACAGAGGAUAUCUGUCCUGAUAGAUUCCUUCAGUGUAUUUUGCUGGAUGACCUACUGUAAAUGAAAUGUAGGUCAUAUAAAAAGGAUACGACUUCAAGUGAUUGCAGCUAACAAAAUAAUUCCAUAAAUCUUACUUUGUUUUUGCACUUUCAUUAGCUACAGUGGCCUCAGGUGUGCAGUUUUGAAAGAAACACGUUAUAGCAAACAUGCAUUUUCAUUUUAGAACGUGACAGCGGACACUACACAUGGUGAAAGAACGUUCUCAGAUUCUGUGACUUCCUCAGAUAAAGUCUCUUAUUGUUUCAAGUCCUAGGUCAUUUCACCUUUGCGUGGUAUUUGGGGUGAAAGCAUAGCAGAGAGCUUCUCAGUCAAUAAGGGAAUCUGGUUGGUAAAUGACAGCAAAGGGGUGGAGACAUUUUACCCACCAGGUGAAUUGACCAAGGAAGUUCAAGGUUCAACUUAUUGUAGAACCAAAUAUUAUGUUUUAAAUAAACAUACAGGUUAACUUUAACAUGUGUUUCUUUCCAAACGCCACCUCUGAUGCCUAUAUAACAAAUGGAAGUGCACAACUGGUACCAUUUUUAAAUUACCAUAUUGAGGCAUACUCAAUUUUAAGUUAAACUUGGAUUCAGGGUUUUUCAGUUAGGGGCUGAUUCACAUUAGCACAUUAUUGUGGUGCGCUUGAACGACAGCUACUGUACACAGUGAUGCCCACUACAGUAAUGACUCUUCAUGCGCUAUGUUAACAUGGCUACCCAUUGAACUUCACACUCAUUUUAUUAUGCAGCUUUUAAAAGAAAAGUAAUCUUGCUUGCUGAAGAAAAGGGAAACCGUGGAGCAGAAUGUGAAUUUGGGGCAUCCGAGACGUGUGUCAGAAGAUGGAGACACAAUCGAAAGGCUACUUAUCCUUGCGAAUGUGACAAAGUCAGGUUGGCCAAAUUAAACAAAGGAGUACAAUAAAACUGACUGCCGUUCAAUACUAUAAGUACUGUACAUAUUUUAUGUUCCCAUUUGUAAUGUCGUUGGUGACUUCCUCUAAUGCAAUACAGUGUUCCGUGCAGGUUUAACUAAAUAAUUGUGUUUUUUCAUGGA